AUGUCGGACAUACUGUGCAGGUGGCUGAACCGGGACCUCCGGCUGUCCAGGGCUGUCGAGCCAGACACCUUCGCCAAUGAUUUCUCCAGUGGCUACCUAAUUGGGGAGGUUCUGCAUAAAUAUCAGCUGCAGAAGGAUUUCAGUAUGUUUAUGAAGAAAGACACCUCCAUCUCCAAAAUGAAUAAUUUUACCCGCAUCGAGCCGACUCUUAAGUUGCUGGGGAUCUCCUUCGACAUAAACACAGCCCAAGACCUGAUGCAGGAAAAGCAGGGCGCUGCCACACGCCUCCUUCACCAACUCUAUGUCUCUCUUGAAAAGAACAAGAAAGCAGAAAUCGGUGGGACAAUGAUGGAAAUCAUGCAGCCUUCAGCCAGCGCAAACCUGCACAAAAAGGAGCAUGAGAUCUACUCUGAUCGACUGCACCAGGUGGUGAAACGCGAUGCAGAGCUGAAGCUUCAGAAAAUCCCUCAGCACUACGGGGAUAAAUCCCAGCAAUGGUGCGACAGAUCUGUGAUGAACCAUCCUGUCCAUCAAAAGAGACGACUCAGAGUCCAGGAUGAGAAACAAAGAAAGGAUAGUGAGAAGCUCCGAGUGUGUCCUCAGAAGUUCAGUGACAUGAACCAGGCCACUAAUGUCCAGGUGACCAAACUACCUCCCUACGCUUCAACGCUUAACCUAAAGAAGAGGCAGCAGCAGCAGCAGCAGCGCAAAGAACGACAAGCACAGACAGUCCAGACAGACAUAGCCCAGUUUGAGACAAACAAAAAGAAACUGGUCACUUCUGGUUUUGCCUCCUCUUCAAGCGAUCAGCCCUCUCCUGCAGAUUUCCUCCUUGGUAGCAGCAACCAGGACUGUGAAGUCCCUGGAAGUGGAACUAACAUGAUGCUACAGUCCAACAGCAAGUACAUACAGGAGAUCCGGCAGAGACUGGAGGAGAAUGCUGUAGCUUGUGAGCAGAGCAAGAAGAGAGUAGAUAGAUUCCUGGUGGAGCAGUUCAAGGCCCACGAAGCUCAAAAGGAGGCGUGGCGAGAGGAGCAGCUCGUGAGGCGUCUGACACGUCAGACUCGGCAGGAGCAGGGCUUGGCCGCUCAGCUACUGCAGACACGUGCGCAGAAGGAGGUGAUUCGGGAGAACCGCCUGUUCAGAGAGCAGCAGUACCAGCAGCGGAGGGAGAAGGACUUCCGGGAAGCUCUGGACAGGGAGGCGGUUUUGGCUCAGCAGGCUAAGUUGGACCGUGCAGAGGAGAUCAGAAAGGAGCUUGAAUUCUGUAACAGGAUGGCUGCCGAACGAGCUCACAGCAGAUACGAGAAGCACUUUAAGAGCUGCAAGGACAUUUUGGAGCAGAUAGUGGACUUGGCAACUAAGGUCGGAGAAUACCGAAAGCUCACCGGAAAUCUGAUUCCAGGGAAGCUGAUGAGAGAGUGGAAGGAGUUGCUGUUCAGGGGCCUCCCUCUCUUUGAGCCGGUAAAGGGCCACCAGCCACAGUUUUCUACCCAACUAGACCCCGUAGAGCUUAAGAAGCAAGAGACACUCAACACUCAGGAUUAUGAUGAAUACACUAGUAUGGUAGGUGAAUGGGCGUGGCCAGAGGAAGCAGGGGAGACAAAAUUGCCCCCGGCCAACAACGACAUUCUUGGACAUGUUGUCCACCGACUAAGGAGCGUUGUUCAUCCGCCCGUCAUGGAACCGCCUGUGUUUCCUAACUUUACCAUCAAGGCCUGUGUCCUGGGCAAGAUUUGCUCUGGCAAGACCACCUGCCUGGCCAAGAUUGCUGAAGCACAUGGCAUCUGUGUCUUGUCGACUGACACACUGAUUGAAGAGGCAGUGAAUGCUUACAGGAAUGGAGAGGAGGACACACAGCAGCAGGGGGAGAAAGACGGCGAGCAGCAGCUUGCAUCGUCCACGUCAUUGAAAUCUGAUCUUGAUACUCAAGAGGAAGGUAAAGACAGUAAUGCAAGACUGUCUACUCGUGCUGUCCAGGGAGCAGCUGCAGAAAAUGAGCUGAGGAAAGGGAAGCCCCUCCCUAAUGAGCUAUUAGUGGACAUUGUAGUCGAGGCAAUCAGUCAGGUUCCGGCUCAGUCGGGUUGGAUCCUGGAUGGCUUUCCAGUAGACAUCAGCCAGGCUCACCUGCUAGAGGAAGCCCUGGGUGGGUCCGUAGAUGCAGGGAAUGAAGCUGUAAGCAGCCAGUUGAACCUUGCUGCUGACCCUAAUCCACCCAAACCUCCACCGCCUCCUGCUCCGGUGCUGGACUUGGCCCUGCUGCUGGAUGUCCCCGAUGAGCGUGUGGUCAAACGUGCAUUCGAUCAUAUAGAUACAAAUACCGCUGCUGGUACAACCUCCAAACCCACAGACCAAAACUUAUACCUGGCACAGAUUCCACAAAGGAUCACAGGUUUUCAGGAAAACUGGCCAGAACUUGAGGAAUGGUUUGGCGGAAAGCAAAACAUUUUGGUGCGUGUUGAUGCAGACGUAGAUGACGAUGAGCUUUACAGCAGGGUGGAGUCCGUCCUGCAACAAGUUAUGCUGGAAGCACAAGAAGCUCUCGCCUCGCCUCCUGUAAAAGAUGCUGUGCUCGACAGUGCAGAAGCUCCAGACUCUUCUUCUCCUUCAGCCACACCUCCACUUCCAGGCCGGCCUCCAGCUCCCACUGACAAAGAGCUCGGCCCCAAAGAGUCCCACUCCAGCCUUAAAGAGAAAAAAGUCAGAAGUGUGACGUCACUUUCCAAAUCCAACACACACUCUCCAAGAGGGCACUCUGGAAAUGCAUCAGCUUCUUCAGUGUCCAAUGAGGACUCGCAAACAGUCGCCAAGAACCCAACCGAGUCCGUCUCUUCCUGCCCAACUUCCUCCAGCCAGGCCUACGUGGACAAACCUCUUCCCUCCGAGAUACCAAAGCACCUGAGCCUUUACUGGGAUGAGUUGUGUAAUUCUUAUGUGAACAGCGCAAAGAAAGUGAUGCAGCAGCUUCGCUCACAACGCACUGAUCUCAAUCAUCACCUGUACAACGUCAGAGAGGGUUACAAGCAUUACUUGAGGCGUCCAGAUUUGAAGCAGGAGUUGGUGUCUCAGUGGCAGAAGGAUUUCAACAGCGUCCCUGAUGAUAUGAGAAAAGAGGACACCAACGCAGAACUGCACUUGAGACUGGAUGAACUGCGUGAACGUUUGUGGGACAUUAGUGACAAGCGUAAGGAGAAGGACGAGCAAGAGAGGACUGCUCUCAUGUGCGACAGAUGGUUGGAGGAGCACACCGCCGUCCUCGUCAACCAGCACUCUGCACUAAUCCAGGUGGAGCUGAACCGUUUCCAGAAGACCCUCCAUUUUCUCAGGGUCUACUAUUUGAGCAUGUACACGCAGGUGCUGCCAGAACCACCGAGCAAACUGGCCUCUAUCCCCCUACUGGAGACCCCAGAAACCAAGGAUCAGAAUGAGAGUAAUCACCCACCAGGCACAAGUCUGUUAAGUCACAUGGACGAUGGAGAGGACAGGAAGAAAACUAAAUUUACUCUCCUCCUCAGACGUCCUGACUCCUCAAAAGGGGGCUCUGACACAAAAGGCCAGGACCAGACAGAACCUCUUCAGCAACCAGAGGAGAAACUGAUCAGUGACUUCGAGGGCGCGCUCACAGCCAUCGACAAACUGGUGUCAGCAGAAGCCCACCAGAGGGAGACAAAAGAGCAAAAGGAGAAAGUACAAGAGAAGGAGAAGGAGAAAGAGAAGGCCUCUGAAAACCCAAAGAAAACGAAAAAGGGAAAGCAGUCAGCAAAAAAGCAGAAAGGCAUCCCACCCCCGGCACCGAGCCCUGCACCAGCCGAUGACAGAAACUCAGAGAAGACUCGUGAUCAGGAAGUUAGAGAAAAAAUACACAAGGAAUACACAGCUGCAUUGAACGCUGAGGAGAAUGCAGCAAAGGUGCGCAUUGCACUGGUGAAAGGUCACGGUCUGGUGAUGUUACACUCCCUGCAGAGCCGAGCAGAACAGGCCUUCAGCAGUAUGGAGAAGUGGUUAGCAGCACGCUACCUCGCAGAAAUGAAGAGUAUUGACCAGUUAUCUGAUGUGGUUCACCACAGCAUAGAGGCUGGUGCUAAGCUGCAGAAUAAGCUGAUGUUGGAAUGUUCUGACUUCUAUCUGAAUGGAGACCACCACAUGGUGCCUGACCCUGCUCCCCCUCCCCAUCCUCCUUCACCCACACAGUCCACCCGAACUAUCACUCAGCUAGAGUCACUCCACCAAAAGCUAUGCGACAUUGCUCCAUCAGGUCUCAUGUCCAGUUCUAAGUUUUCCAGUUUUCUCAAGGGUGUCUCCUCUGGUGAAAUGGGCAAAUGCAUCUUGCCUGAGCCCCGGGGGGACACAAAUGAAGCACAGAUGAUGGAAAUCGUAUCUUUGCUAAUGGACGGUUAUGAGCUGAUCGACUGGCGUCGGUUUCUGCUCAGUGCUGCUCUUCCUUGGCCAUUUCCCUCCUUAACACAGCUGCUGGCUGUGCGACAGCGUUUUAAGGCAGCAGAUGCUGGUGAUGCAGGCUAUAUACACAAGGAACAGUAUCUACAGAUUGAGUUGUGGUUUUCCCAUGAGAGUGUCCAGACGGUUCCUGAGGACCCCCCUGAACCUGCACCGUUUGACCACCUGGCUAACCUACGUGAGUUCUUUUUCCAGCUGUUUGCAGACCACUCCUUUUCUCCCUCUCGACUGGAUUACGUUUCCAUGCUGCAGUACUUUGCAGCCGACCCUAACCCCAGACAGGGUUUCAUCAGGGCACUCAGCGUCGUGAUGGGGCAACAUCUCCAGCUCUCCUCGCUGGACCAUCUUGUCAAGUCUAUGCCCCGUAUGGAAGAAGCUACAGAGCUCACUUCCUCAGAACUUGAUGGAGACUACAAGGAAGAAGAGCCUCUGUGUGCGUCGAGCAGUUUGUUUGGCGAGCAAGGAGUGUCGAUCUCUGCUCUCCUCGCUGUCAUCUGCCACAAAAUCACCGAACAAAAGGACGACAGCCCCCGUCCUCCAGGCUGCCUGAGUCGGGAGGAGCUUACUGAGAGCCUGGUGCAGCUAUUCAGAGAGCUGGGAUACGAGCCCGAGGACCGCGUUCCGUUCUCCGUUCUCUCUCAGCAUCCUUUCAUCCAGGUCCUGUUGGAGACCUUGACCCACUACCAACUUGUGAGCAUCCAUAGCGUGCUACUGGCCAGAGAUGGGACCAAGUCCUUGUUUUGCAUGUCAGAGUCGAGUCCCAAGUCGAGUCCUGAGUCUGGACAGUCGAGCCCUGAGUCUGGACAGUCGAGUCCCAAGUCUGGACGGUCGAGUCCCGAGUUGAGGCCCGAGUCUAGACAGUUGAGUCCGAGUCUCGAGUCCAAGCUCCCAUCUCUGCUACAGGCACAUCAGGAUGAAGGCGAGUCAGACAGCGUGACAGGUUCCUGAAGGACAAGACAACACACGGCACACGUACAUGCUGCUGUCUGCAUUUACUUAA